GGACUUCCAACGUCCUAUGGAUUAUUUCGAUUCGAAGCAAGAAAACAGUGUCUAAAGGUGCGAUCGGCACUCGACUUGUCAUUACACCAAGGAACAGUUGAAUCUCAGAACACCGCUUACAUAGACGGCUCAAUGAUCUAUGGAUCAUCACCAAAGGAUCUGCACAAAUUCCGAGAUGGCAGAACUGGAUUGCUCAAGAUGAAUCGAUUCAACAAUCAGUUGGUGCUACCAUUUGAUCAAUCAAAAUGUCCUCACAAAGAUAAAUGCACGGCGUCAUUCACAGCAGGUGAUAUUCGAGCAAAUCUUUUCAUCGGGUUGAGCAGUCUGCAUAUCAUCUUCGCCAGAGAACACAAC